AAUUUUGACCCUUCUACUCACGUUUUACAGCGUGAAACCAUGAAGCAAUUGAGGAAUCAGUGCACGGCACGUGGAUUAAAAUGCUUCCUAGAAGCAGCUAGUUCUGUACAUCGCUGCAACCCUCCCUGAACUUUCUCAGUAAAUACAGCAGCCUGACAGCCUGGCUUCCCCGCUGGGUGGAUCCUGCAACUCCAAGAGGGAAUGGCACUUCUUGUUUUUAAUUAGCAAAGGUGAAAGGUGAAUUAAAACUGGCUGUUUGGCAAGUCAGAGCAAGGGGCUGAGUUCUGAAGAGCACCAAGGAGGAGGGUGCUUGCUUUUUUUUUUUUUUUUUCCUUCCCUCCUUCUCUGAAUGAACUGCCUUGCAGGAGGGACUGAAAAUACAGCUUCUUCCUGAAUCCACAGGCAGAGUUGCUAAAGAGAGCUCAAGACACAACACUGCAGAGUAACGCCUUGGAAUGUCCUCGUACGUUAUAAACAAUUGUUCCAGGGAGGGAAUAUUUUUACAUGACAUUUGCACAGCUUGACAAAUGGCUAGCUGAAGCUGUGUGCUUUUUUGAUGAGCAUUGAAUUUCCCGUAAAGAUACUGCAUAAACUGACCAAAGAGAGAUAUCUAACUGCACUGGGAAAGUAGAAGUGGAACUUGGAGCCAUAAAAAAAAAAAAAAAAAAAAAAAAAAAAAAAAAAAAAACAGCAGUGAUUAAGUGAAGACUGCAAGAAUUCGAUGUUGGGCAGGAUGGCAUCUGCCCAGGACAUUUUAAUACUGGCGUUUUGUGGCUUGUUACUAGAGUUACCAACGGGAUGUCAUGCAACAGAUACGAGGCAGCCAAGGUUACGUCUGUCACAUAAAGAGCUCUGGGAUUUAAACAGGACAUCAGUCUUUCAUAGCCCAUUUGGAUAUCUUGGCCUUCAUAUAAUGCUGCUGGAUGAGUAUCAAGAGAGACUGUUUGUGGGAGGAAGAGACCUCUUGUAUUCCCUCAGUUUGGACCGAGUCAAUGACAACUAUCGAGAGAUUCACUGGCCUAGUACACCUCUUCAGGCAGAAGAGUGCAUAAUUAAAGGAAGAGAUGCUGAUGAAUGUGCGAAUUAUGUCCGUGUCCUUCACCGAUACAAUAGAACACAUCUCCUGGCUUGUGGAACAGGAGCUUUUGAUCCACUCUGUACAUUUAUUAGGGUUGGGCAUCCAUCAGAGGAUCAUCUGUUUCAACUGGAAUCGCACAAAUUUGAGAGAGGACGAGGCAGGUGCCCUUUUGACCCCAGUUCUUCCUUCACCUCCAUCUUAAUUGGUGGUGAACUUUUUACUGGUCUCUAUAGUGACUACUGGGGAAGAGAUGCGGCUGUCUUUCGCACCAUGAAUCGUAUGGCACAUCUCCGAACUGAACCUGAUAGUGAGCGCCUGUUAAAAGAACCAAAGUUUGUUGGCUCAUACAUGAUUCCUGACAAUGAAGACCACGAUGAUAACAAAGUAUAUUUCUUCUUUACUGAAAAAGCACUAGAGGCUGAGACAAGCAGUCAUGCCAUUUAUUCCAGAGUGGGACGUGUGUGUGCGAAUGAUAUGGGAGGACAACGAAUGCUUGUGAAUAAAUGGAGCACUUUCCUGAAAACCAGAUUAGUUUGCUCUGUGCCUGGGAGAAAUGGAAUUGAUACAUAUUUUGAUGAAUUAGAGGAUGUGUUUUUGCUGCAAACUCGUGAUAACAAAAAUCCAGUGAUAUUUGGCCUCUUCAACACUACAAGCAAUAUAUUUAGAGGGUAUGCUGUAUGUGUUUACCACAUGGCAAGUGUCCGAGCAGCUUUUAAUGGACCAUAUGCUCAUAAAGAAGGACCUGAAUACCACUGGGCUCUGUACGAAGGGAAAGUACCUUAUCCUAGACCUGGUUCAUGUGCCAGUAAAGUGAAUGGAGGCCUGUACACUACCACCAAAGACUAUCCUGAUGAAGCUGUCCAUUUUGCCAGGAGUCAUCCACUGAUGUAUCAGCCCAUCAAGCCGGUUCAUAAAAGACCAAUACUAGUCAAAACAGAUGGGAAGUACAAUCUUAAACAAAUAGCGGUGGACAGAGUAGAAGCUGAAGAUGGGCAAUAUGAUGUCUUGUUCAUUGGCACAGAUAAUGGAAUUGUGCUGAAAGUCAUUACAAUUUACAAUCAAGAGACAGAAUCAAUGGAAGAAGUGAUUCUUGAAGAGCUACAAGUAUUAAAGGUACCAGUUCCCAUAAUUUCUAUGGAAAUCUCAUCAAAAAGGCAACAACUCUACAUUGGAUCUGAGUCAGUCGUAGCACAAGUGAAGUUCCACCAGUGUGACAUGUAUGGCACAGCCUGUGCUGACUGCUGCCUGGCUCGAGAUCCUUACUGUGCUUGGGAUGGUAUCUCCUGCUCCCGGUACUAUCCCACAGGAAUGCAGGCAAAGAGACGUUUCCGCAGACAAGAUGUUCGACAUGGAAAUGCAGCUCAGCAGUGCUUUGGCCAGCAAUUCAUUGGAGAAGUUCUGGAGAAGACUGAGGAGCGAUUGGUUUAUGGAAUAGAGUACAACAGCACCCUACUGGAGUGCACACCUCGGACCUUACAAGCAAAAGUAAUCUGGCUUGUCCAGCGAGCCCAUGAAACUAAGAAGGAAGAGGUGAAGACAGAUGACAGAAUAAUCAAAAUGGACCUUGGUCUGUUAUUCCUGAAGCUGCAUCGCCUAGAUGCAGGGAUCUAUUUUUGUCAGACAGUGGAACACAGCAUCAUUCACACUGUAAGGAGGAUCACCCUGGAAAUAGUUGAGGAAGAACGUGUAGAAGAAAUGUUCAAUAAAGAUUACGAGGAGGAGAUACCUCACAAAAUGCCAUGUCCGAUGCAGAGCAACAUACCUCAGGCAUCAAAGCCAUGGUACAAGGAAUUUCUUCAACUGAUAGGUUACAGCAACUUCCAGAGGGUGGAGGAAUACUGUGAGAAAGUCUGGUGUACAGAUAAGAAGAGAAAAAAGCUGAAAAUGUCUCCAUCCAAGUGGAAAUAUGCCAACCCUCAGGAGAAGAAGGCAAGGAUCAGGCCAGAGCAUUACCGACUGCCCAGGAACAUAGCUGACUCUUGAUGGACAAAAUCCACCUGCUGUUUCUAGGCAAAAUUUUAUUUGAACUUAAGUAAGAGGAAGAAAUCAGUCUUGGUUUCGGUAAUUGAAACAGGUUUAUAUAUAUAAAAUAUCAGGACUGAAAACAAAAAUGCUAUGCUAAGUUAUGCUGUACAUUCAUGAUGACUGUUUAGAAGAAUUUUACACAAAAUCUUCUUAAGUAUCUGUUUCUAAGUAGGUCAAUGCAAUCAGAGUUGUGCGUUAAGGAGGGCGUGACAAUCUUCAGAUUUUGAGUGCUAGUAUCACUUUCCUGUGUGGACUAUGUUUACUCUGUACAUUGUUGCAUAUGAUGGCAUAUUUAAGCAAAUUCAAAAAGCUAAGCAUUCACAAGUGGAUGAAAAAUAUAACAUAUAUUUUCUUGGUUUCACAAGUAUCUCAUGCUUCUGAAAGCAGCACGUCUUAAGAUCUCUCAUUUUGAUUGUGACCUGUCUGAAUUUAUCACUGAGAACAGUGAGAUUUGUUAAUAUGGUGUCCUGCUAUUUCUAAAGAUAAUGAAGGGAAACCCUAUUUGUCUCAUCAGUCAUUUAUGAAGUGCAGUGUACUGUCACAGCUAAAUAAUAUUGCCUAGUAACUUAAUGUAAGUCAAAUGCAUGUUCGGAACACAAACAGAAUGAAAUUCUUCAACACUUCCAUAUAAAAUGUGGGAAUGAUUGUUUAGAUAGAAAACAAUUCUAUCUUGUCUCUAGAAAUGGGUAUUUCUUUAAUAACGACAAGAAUUAAGAGAGUGCCCUCUUGUGGCAAAACAAAGCAAAUCUGAUAUGUAUUUUCUCAAAAAAAUUGUAUUGCCAAGUAUUACCCAGAUACACAGAUGGUUUGUUUUCAGCACACACGUCUAGUCACUAUGUGCUAACUACAAAAUAAAUAGAAGGUAGAGUUGGAAGUCACUUAUGCUGGACAGACAAUUAUCUUGUUAAUGUGCUUUGGAGGUAAAAUGCAGUAAUGAACAGUUAGAACGUAGAUUGAAACAAGAACAGCAUUAUAUAGCUAUGUUUCUACAGUUUCACAGUCUGAUCCAGAUAAAUCUUUUCCUGAUAUGUGCUCCAUGGUUAAAAGAGCUGUUUUGCUGCUCUUGUGCGUGAUAUCAGGAGUGGAGAUCAAAGAAGUAAAUAACUUCUAAUCGAGGACUUUCAAUAUAUAUAUUUUUUUUUUGAAAAAUUAUUUUUCUUUGAGUAUGAGAAACCAGAUUCAGGAAAUGCAGAAAACCUAGCAGAUUACUACUUGGAAAACCUGAUAUUACAAAAUGAGCUGGAAAUAAUAAUAAUAAUGAUAAUAAUAAACAGAUAGGGAAGUUAUAAACACAGAUGAGUCAUAAAUGAGCUAACUCCACAAAUAAGAACAUGAUGCCAGUAAAGUAAAUAACCAAGCUGAUACAGAUUUUGAUGCUGCCAAGAAAAUAUGCCAGGAAUUCACCGACCACGAAAAAUUUCAUGUCCAGCUUCAACAUCUAAUCAAGAAACAGAAUUUGGAAUUAGUGGGAAUUAACAUCCUGGAGAAUAGAGAUUUGCUAGGUUUGCUAUGCUAACAAACCUAGAAAAAUGGAUGCUGAGGCAGUGUUCUCCAAACAGACUGAGUCUUACAGACAGACCAGGGAGCUUUGCUAUGCUCCUCUGGGAGCAGAGACUGUCCCAGGGUUUGAAAAGAACCUGUGUGCACACUGUCAGAAACUGGAGUACAAGGAAAACCAGGUUUCAUGCUGUGUUCAUAGAAGAACAUAUUAAACCCUUCCUUUAGCCAGUUAUGCUAAGGAAAAAAUUGCACUUCAUUUAGCUAGAAUGCCUGUCUGAGAGCUGGGAAUGGACACUGUUCACAGCCUUGCAUGGAUUUGUGUUUCUUACCUUUGAUCUGAUAUGGGAGAGUGGAUAAAGUCACUCUUCUGUGGCAGUUUAAUAGAACUUUGCUGCAGUUAGAAUUGUCUGUUUGUUUACAGCUACAUGGAAAGUACUAGCACUGAAGGCUGUAGCAGAGAGAACAUGUAGAAUAAGCACCCCUAAUUUAUACUUCUGUUCAGUUCACCCUGGCAUCCCUGUCUGGAAAACUGCUAAAACAUCACUGAAAUACUUGUUUGAUAAAUUACAAAGUCCAUGUCUUUUCAACAUUAAUAGGAGUUAUAUAUUACUUUUUUUUCAGAUUAAUUUGUUACUAUCUAGUGCCAAAUGUACCAUUAAUGGACUAUGAGAAAAUAAUAACAGCAUGUCAGCCUGAUGGAACAAAUAUAACUUUAUGUCUCAUUCUCUGAGAUUUCAGGUAGAAAUCAAGUAAUAUACAAAUCAGGAUUCCUGAUUUGAGUGUGUAUUUUUAGCUCCCCAUCCCUUUAGUGGUUACAUGUGGAGAAUUCCAUUGAAUUUUUAUUAAAAUAAUAAAUUCCUAACUCAUACCUUGCAACUUCCAUUGUUGCAAUGACUGAGAAUUUGUAACUACGAUAUGUUGUUCAGAGUGCUACAACAUCUAUGGAAGAAGACAAAGACUGACAAUAAUGUAUUUUGGAAGGCUACGCACAAAUGUGCUUGUACACUUACAAUGUUAUUUAAAAUGCUUCUUUGUAUAUAUGGGGGGCAUUGUCUACUUCUUUUCAUUAUGCGUUUGCUGUAUUUUGUAUGUGCAUGAAGUAGUCAAAUUAUAAAUAUAAUUAAGAAUCAUAUUUGUCUGACA